AUGACUAAAGUGUGUUUCAUUAUUUCAAUUGUUUCCCCUACCUUCUUAUGUGGAAUUUUCCUUUCCCCUAUCCUAGGCCCUUUGCAACAUGAUCCUGUUGUUGGCGAUUGUGAGGACGAAGAUGGCGACUACGAUGAUAGUGGAGUUAUAGCCAGGGAUGAAAAUGAUAUUGCCAUCGGGACCCGGAAGGAAAUAAGUGGGAAGACCCUCAAGACUGAGGAGGAAGAUGCUGCUGAUAUCGAAAUAGAAUUAAGUAUUGGAGUAGGUGAUAACAGCGCCGAAGCAUCUUGUUAUGCAGUUACAAAUGAGGAAUCAGUAAAUUGUGGCGGCAUUAGUUCAGAAACGUCUACUAGUCAAGCCACUAGCCUGUCGCCCGACAUCCGACUAUCUCACUAUGGCCAUUCCUCGGGUAGACGCACUUUACGGCCUGAGAUAAAAGCCGACAAAAUCAACAUACCAGUGGUCAGCUUGUCUGGUGAUGCUGAGCUGCAAUCAAGGACACUUAAGGUAAGCGUCCACUGCAAAAGCGAUGCUCCUAUUUGUAUGUAUAUCCAGGAUGAAUUUGCGGCUCUUAACAGAGAAUGA